AUGUGGAUCACUGUGGGCUUGGUCUGCUGCUUAGUUUUUGGAGGACUGCCUUCGGCUCACUGCACUUGCCCUUCCCAAUGUAGCUGCGCCUUCUAUAGUAUCAAUGAAGGAACAAAAGCAAGAACUGUGCUGUGCAAUGACCCAGAGAUGACACUCACCCCUGUGAACAUCCCAGGAGAUACAUCUAAACUUCGAAUAGAAAAGACGGCCAUCAGGAGAGUACCAGGAGAAGCUUUCCAUUCUCUCCGUAACCUGGAAUACCUCUGGAUGCCCUACAAUUCUUUGGCUAGUGUCAGUGUGAUUACCUUUAGGGGUCUCCGCCGGUUACAGGAAUUGAGACUGGACGGGAAUGACUUAAUCUUAUUUCCAUGGGAAGUUCUUGCAGACAUGCCCCAGCUACGGCUGCUGGAUUUACACAAUAAUGAACUCACCUCAAUACCAGCAGAAGCUGCUCGUUACAUCAAGAACAUCACCUAUUUGGAUCUGUCUAGCAAUAAACUGAUGACUCUUCCUCAAGAGCUUAUUUCAACCUGGGCUAACCUCCAGGCAGUUCCUUACUUUCCCAAUGACAAUUCCAAGAUCAUCUUAGGUUUGCAGGACAAUCCUUGGGUGUGUGACUGCAGUCUGUAUGAAAUGGUCCAUUUCCUAAACUUCCAGUCUCCUAACAUAGCAUUUAUAGAACCAAGACUGAAAUGCUUUACCCCACGGAGUCUUGCUGGAGUCUUCUUCAGUCAAGUCGAACUAAGAAAAUGUCAAAGCCCUGUUGUACAUACUUCUGUAGCCAAAGUGAAGACCAUACUGGGUAGCACUGUGUUACUGCGGUGUGGUACUACUGGGGUACCUAUUCCUGAACUCAGCUGGAGACGGGCUGAUGGUAAUCAACUCAAUGGCACAGUGCACCAGGAAAUUUCUAGUGAUGGAAUGAGCUGGUCUAUUCUAGGCUUGCCUGUAGUCUCCUAUCUGGAUUCUGGAGAGUACAUUUGUAAAGCAAAGAACUUCCUAGGGGCUACAGAGGCUUUCAUAUCCCUCAUCAUCACUGAUUCUGAAGGCACUGAUGACCCUAAUGCUAACUCUAAAGGCAUAUGGAAUGGGAAGGUGAGCGGGAUGGAAGCAGCUGCUUACAAUGAUAAGCUGGUGGCUAGGUACGUUAUCACAACCUCAACUUCACCUACAUUAGGUGCCAGACCAGUCCGUGUUAACACAGAAGAGAAUCUAGGGUUCCAGAAUGAGGCACAGAAUAUGGUUAAGGAGCAGAAUAACAAUCCAAGAAAUCUUCUAUCAAGUCUACCCCCUGGUCAACAGGAGCCAGAACGUAUAGUGAGGUCUGUCAGAGUGAUAGGAGACACGGAUCAAAGUGUCUCAUUGGCCUGGAAAGCUCCCCAGGCAAAGAACACAACCAUAUUCAGUGUCCUUUAUGCCAUUUUUGGAGAAAGGGAAAUGCGCAGAAUCAGUGUGGAGCCAGGUAAGACUAAGAUCACCAUUGACGGGCUGAUGCCAAAGACCAAAUACAUAGUGUGUGUCUGUGUGAAAGGGCUGAUCCCCAGGAAGGAGCAAUGCAUCAUAUUUUCCACAGAUGAAGUUGCCAGUGCCGGUGGAACCCAAAAACUCAUUAAUGUGGUGGUGAUCAGUGUGGCCUGUGUCAUUGCUGUGCCUCUGACCCUAGUGGUCUGCUGUGGGGCAUUGAAAAGGCGCUGCAAAAAAUGCUUAGUGCGGAAACCCAAGGAAGUUCAGGAGUCCUAUGUCACAUUUGAAAGUCUGUCACCAGGGGCCAAAACUAAAGGAGUGGAAGGAGAAUACUUGACUAGACACACCCCAGAUGAGUCUAACAGACUGCUGUCUGCACGAUCUAGCGUGGACUCAGAAGCAAUACCAAAGACAGAGGGGCAACCCAAUGAGUACUUUUGCUGA